AUGGCCAGGAGUCUUCUAUCUACUUGCAUCCUACCAGAAAUUCGUGCCCUGAGAAAGCCACCUGGUCUCCUUCGCAAUGUCACCUUCACCCGUGCUUUGGCGUCCAGUACCGUCCCACGAAGGACCAUUGCUACGCAGGUCGUCGAUACUCCUGCAAGCUUUCCACCUCCAGGUCUUCCGUUGAAAUUUCCUACUGCGCAACCUGUGAAGAUCAAUAGUACACAUGGCGAUCGAAAGGAGAGCCCAUUGGAGGUGGACAGCAAGUAUAUUGGCUUGACUGGAGGCCAAAUCUUCCAUGCCAUGAUGGUGAAGCAUGGCGUUGAGAAAAUCUUUGGCUAUCCGGGAGGUGCGAUUUUGCCCGUAUUCGACGCUCUCUACGACUCUCCCGCUGUAGAGGUCAUUUUGCCAAAGCACGAGCAGGGUGGAGGUCACAUGGCCGAGGGCUACGCACGAGCAACUGGCCGACCUGGCGUUGUCUUGGUAACCUCUGGGCCAGGAGCCACGAAUCUCAUCACACCUCUUCAAGAUGCACUCAUGGACGGCACGCCAAUGGUCGCAUUCUGUGGUCAAGUACCUACCACAGACCUCGGAAAGGACUCAUUUCAGGAAGCAGACGUCAUCGGGAUAACAAAAGCCUGCACGAAAUGGUGUGUGCAGCCUCAGACAGUAGCUGAGCUACCCGGAUGCAUUGACGAAGCCUUUCGUAUUGCAACAACCGGUCGACCGGGACCUGUACUUGUCGAUUUGCCAAAGGAUGUGACGGCAUCGACUCUCACAUCACCUCCAACGCCACUUGUACCACUACUCACGGAAGACCUUCAGCUAGAUCCAAACGAGCUGUCCGCUCGACUGGCCCGUGCUGCCGCUCUGGUCAAUCAAGCUCAGAAGCCGGUCAUAUACGCUGGCCAGGGCAUUUUGUCACAUCCUGACGGCCCUGUUAUGCUUCGUCGCCUCUCUGAACUAGCACAGAUUCCAGUCACAACGACACUACUUGGUCUAGGCGCUUUCGAUGAAGAGAAUCCCAAAGCACUCCAUAUGCUGGGCAUGCACGGGUCAUGCUACGCCAAUCUGGCAAUGCAAGAAGCAGAUGUGAUUCUAGCUCUCGGUGCACGCUUCGAUGAUCGUGUUACACGCAAAGUGUCUGGCUUUGCACCCAAAUCACGCCAAGCUGCUGCCGAGGGACGAGGAGGCAUUAUCCACUUCGAAAUCUGGCCGCACAACAUGAACAAGGUCAUUGACGCUACAGAGAUAAUACAAGGAGAUGUAGUCCAAAAUCUAGCUUGCUUCGUGGAACAAGUGCAUCAGGUAUCCUCAGAAGCCCGGAAGCCGUGGUUGAAGCAGAUUGAAGACUGGAAGCGUCAGUAUCCUUGGGCAUAUGAAAAAGAAGGCGAUAACGGAGUCGUAAAGCCCCAGACUGUGAUCGCCGUGCUUGACGAAUUGACACAGGAUGUCAAAGACAAAACCGUCAUCGCUACGGGCGUUGGCGCACAUCAAAUGUUUGCAGCAACCCACUAUCGUUGGCGAUAUCCUCGCUCAAUGAUCACUUCCGGAGGCCUGGGCACGAUGGGUUUCGGACUACCUGCUGCGAUUGGUGCCAAGAUUGCCCGACCUGGCGCUCUAGUAAUUGACAUUGACGGAGACUCGAGUUUCGGAAUGACGAUGACGGAACUCACGACGGCAGAAUGCUAUGGCAUUGGCGUGAAGGUUCUGAUACUCAAUAACGAGGAACAAGGCAUGGUCACGCAUUCGCAGCAAAUGUUCUUCAAUGAUCGCUACGCCUGCACGCAUGGUGCCAAUGCCGACUUUGUGAAAUUCGGGGAUGCCGUUAAAGUUGCAGCUGACAGGGUCGAGCAUAUCAGUAAGCUUCGGCGAAAGAUGCACUGGCUGCUUUUCGAGACUGGUGAUGAACCAGCAUUGCUGGAAGUAAAGGUCGAUCAGAAGGUUCCAAUUCUGCCUAUUGUCAUGCCAGGAACUGCUUUGCAUGAAUUCGUGCCCUUUGAUGAAGGUAAGGUCCAAGCAAGGCGAAUAUUGACUAGAGAGCGAUCGGGAAGGUAG